AUGGUUACCAUCCCUGUAAUUCCUAACUUGCAUCAGUCUAUUCCUUUGGAUCCUCUGACCAAUUCUGCAGGUAAUUUGCAACAUGUACCAGCUUCAGAUCAGUAUAUUGAUCCAGCACCAUCACAGCUGUCGCCUGUGCAGGUUGGGGAACCUUCAUCUCUCCCUAUUGAGACUGAUGUUGUUAUGUCUAGUUCACAAGAAUCGUCCUUGGAGACCACUAUUUCAGUACCAGCUGCUACAAAUACCAACACUCACAGCAUGGUCACACGCUCCAAAAACAACAUUUAUAAACACAAGCAACCUACAGAUGGCUCUAUUCGUUACCCCCUACCUCGGGCAUUAGUAGCAACAAACAAUUAUUUAGACACCGACCCUACUUGCUACUCGGAAGCUGCCAAACAUGAGCAUUGGCGAAAGUUCUUCUGCUUGAAACUGUUUGCCCUUUUAGUAUUGUCACUUUCAUUUCUUAUUUGUAUUAGUGAAUCUGUGAUAGAAUCACCAAAAAACAACACAAUUCCAGCACUUUUUGUAUUCGGAGAUUCCAUAGUCGAUACUGGUAACAACAACUACAUCAACACGAUAGCUAAAGUCAAUUAUCCUCCAUAUGGACAAGAUUUUAUGGGAGGAAAGCCAACAGGAAGAUUUUCCAAUGGAAAAGUCCCCUCUGACUUCAUUGGUAAUAUGCAUCAUUCUCUCUUGUGA